AUGGCAGCUGAUACCUCAAUGUUGGCCAGGGCGGAUGCGCUCCUUGAAGCUCUUUUCGCCGGUUGGAAUGUUUACUCGACUUUGCUCGCAACGCUCCUCGUCUCGUACAUCGGAUACUCGCUCUUCUUCACCAAAGACCCCGAUGCCCACCCUUUUAUACUCGCCCGCCAGGGAGUAGUAGCCCCCGUUAGACAGCGUGGGGAGUCAGCUACGGUGCGGGCCAUGGAUGUUCCUCAUGGCUACCCGCUCAAGGCUGGGCUUGGUGUUCGAGAUCCAGAUACUCCAAGAUGGACUGCAGGCAGACGUGGAGACCUGCGAGAUAUAUGGAAAGCUGUUGUCCGUGGAGAAUUGAAAAGUGAUGGCACACCUACCGGGAAGAGAGGAUCUAUAUACACCGUUCUUGGGAAAAAUUCCAAGGAACGUAACGUUGAUGAUGUCUCCCGGGAAAUUAACAUCAUCGGACAGUAUGUCCGUGACACCAAGGCACAAAAGGUUGCUAUAUGUCUUACCGACUCAGUAGAGAUGCUUGCCACUAUCUUUGCAAGUGCAUUUUACGGCUUUCCAACUGUCAUAAUUCCUCAUAAUCUUCCCCCUCAGACACUCGCGGAAUAUCUCCGGGAAGCAAAGGCAGAUCUUCUCAUUGCUGAAGCCGGUGCUGUGGAAGUUACCUCCCUACUUAGCCUGUGCCCCGCGUUGAGACAUGGAAUCUGGGUCGCCCAAGAGGGUAGCCGACAUAUGGACUGGAACGAAGUCCCAGAAGGAGCCGGUAGCAAGAUCGAGGUGGCUACAUGGCAUGAACUGAUUAACGAGAAAGAAGGGUCUAUUGGCCCGGAAGUGCCUGAAUGGGAUGUCAAGACGUCGACACCGUCCUUGGCUACACUAUGCCCGUCUAAAAAUGGCUUAGGGUCUUUCGUCGAAUACUCUUCUGGGAACAUCAUAUCUGGCGUUGCCGCAUUGGGAUCAUCUUUGCCUCGCAAUGAACAACUCAAAUCGUCAGAUUUGGUUCUAUCAGUUGAUUCACUGUCACACUCCUAUACCCUUUGUUUCAUUCUGGCAGCCUUGUAUGCAAAUGCAUCAAUUGCAUUGAACUCUGUUGCUGGAGAAAUUAUAGAUUUCGCACUUGCAACGACUGGUAUCUCGCCGACGAUUAUUAUUGCCUCUUCCCACACUAUAUCUGAUUAUCAUGCUCAAUAUAUGGGUCCACAGUUGAACCCAUUGGUUAAAAUCGGUCGAUUCUUCCAAACAAAAACCUUGGACUCUGGAAGAAUGCCAUCUGGCAAUUUCCUCUCCCCACUUGGAGGAAGCGGCCCCGUGUCCGAACAAACUCUGAAAAAUUUAAGAUUGCUUCUUAUAUCGCAUCGAGCAGAGGGGGAUCGAAAUAACCAGCUCACUUCUGACCAACUCACGGACUUCAGAAUUAUGACAGGUGUCCGUAUUGCAUAUGCACUCACUACUGCUAAAGUAGCUGGAGCCGUUUGUCAGACGAAUCCGUAUGAUUAUAGGAGACAGCGCGGAUUCAACCAUUUUGGCCCUCCACUGAACAGCGUAGAGCUUAAAUUGGUCGACUACAAGGAGAAUUCAGGAGACGAAAAUGCGAUUGAAGGAAAGAUCCACAUUUCCGGUCCUGCCGUAGUUUCAGAAGAAUGCAAGCUUGAAGUGGAUGGCCUAUUCCAGGAUGACAAUACUCUUGUUCUUCUGGCUUAA